AUGCCGCCCAUGACUGCGUACCGUGGCGGCCCGGGCGCCAGCAGCGGCGGAGGCAAGCGCGGUACUGCGUCCAGGGUGAUGCCCAUGGGCGGGAAGUCCAAAACGGUCCUGCUCAACGCGGGCACGGGUGCGAAGCGACACCGCCGUCUCGCUCGCCGGGGUGGAGUCAAGCGUAUCUCGGCCAUGAUCUACGACGACGCCCGCGAAGCUCUGAAGAGCUGGCUCGAGUCUGUCUUGAGGGACUGCGUCACGUACACAGAGCAUCGGAAAGCGAAAACCAUUACUAUCCACGACGUCCUCCAUGCUCUCCGCCGCAAGGGCAAACCGAUCUACGGCUUCGACCCGGAUACGUUUGUCGAGCCAAAGUCGCGCAAGGCAGCAGCGCAUCAUGACUGA